UCUUCCCUCUCUUUAUCCAAUCCCAUCGACCGUCACGGGCAUCCAUCCCGGCCUUUGCUUCCUCCUUCACUCGCUUCUAGGGCUUCUCGCUCCCGAUCCGAGCUCGGUGGAGGGAAAGAAGCGGUGGAAGGGCAAGAUGAUGUCCAGAUCGUAUACUAACCUUCUCGAUCUGGCCGCGGGGAACUUUGGGGCGCUGAGUCUGGGCGGAAGCGGAGGGGGGCGAGGGUUGCGGCGGAUGCCGCGGGUGAUGACGGUGCCGGGGACGCUUAUGGAGCUGCAGGAGGAGGAGGAGCGGGCCAGCAGCGUGGCCUCCGACGUGCAGUCCUCGCAAGCGCAGGAGCGGAUCAUCAUCGUCGCCAACCAGCUCCCUGUGCUCGCCCGCCGCCGGCUGGACGGACGCGGGUGGAUCUUCGCCUGGGACGAGGACUCUCUCCUCCUCCAGCUCAAGGACGGGCUCCCGGAAGACAUGGAGGUUCUCUACGUCGGCACCCUUCGCGUCGACGUCGAAGUUCACGAGCAGGACGACGUCGCCCAGACGCUGCUUGAGCGGUUCAAAUGCGUGCCGGUCUUCUUUCCCCCGGAUCUCCACGACCGCUUCUACCAUGGGUUCUGCAAGCGCCGCUUAUGGCAGCUCUUCCACUACCUGCUCCCUUUUUCCGCCGCCUCCUCCUCCCGCGGCGGCCGCUACGAUCGCUCCCUCUGGGAGGCCUACGUCCUCGCCAACAAGCUCUUCUCCGAGAAAGUGAUCGAGGUGAUCAAUCCGGAGGAGGACUACGUGUGGAUCCACGACUACCACCUCAUGGCCCUCCCCACUUUUCUCCGCCGCCUCUUCAACCGCCUCCGGAUGGGCUUCUUCCUCCACGUCCCCUUCCCUUCCUCGGAGAUCUACCGCACCCUCCCUUUCCGCGAGGAAAUCCUCAAGGCUCUCCUCAACUGCGACCUCAUCGGUUUUCACACCUUUGACUACGCCCGCCACUUCCUCUCCUGCUGCAGCCGCAUGCUGGGCAUCGAGUACCAGUCCAAGCGCGGUUACAUUGGCCUUGAUUACUUCGGCCGUACCAUCGGGAUCAAGAUCUUACCCGUCGGCAUCCACAUGGGCCAACUCCAGUCCAUGCUCCGCCUCCCCGACAGGGAGUGGCGGGUCAACGAACUUCGCCAACAGUACGACGGAAAAACUGUCCUCCUCGGCGUUGAUGACAUGGACAUAUUCAAAGGGAUCAACCUCAAGCUGCUUGCUUUUGAGCACAUGCUAAAGCUUCACCCCAAGUGGCAGGGUAGAGCAGUUCUUGUCCAAAUUGUCAAUCCGGCAAGGGCACAAGGAAAGGAUCUGAAGGAGAUCCUGGUCGAGAUUGAGGAGAGCUGUCAAAGGAUCAAUACAACCUUUGGUCACGAAGGGUACAGGCCAGUGGUUCUCAUUGAGCGGCCCAUGUCGGCCAUUGAGAAGAUUGCUUACUAUACAAUUGCUGAGUGCGUGGUAGUCACUGCAGUUAGGGACGGAAUGAACUUAACUCCCUAUGAAUACAUUGUUUGCAGACAAGGGAUAUUUGACGCCAGAGAUUCAGUGCCAAAUGAGCCAAAGAAGAGCAUGCUGGUUGUCUCGGAAUUCAUUGGUUGCUCUCCGUCUCUUAGUGGUGCAAUUCGAGUCAAUCCAUGGAAUAUAGAGACCACAGGGGAAGCGAUGAAUGAAGCUAUCUCUCUUUCUGAUGGCGAGAAGCAAUUGCGGCAUGAGAAACACUACCGCUAUGUUAACACUCACGAUGUUGCUUAUUGGUCAAAGAGCUUCAUGCAGGACUUGGAGAGAACCUGCAAGGACAAUUUCAGGAGGAACUGUUGGGGAAUAGGUCUCGGUUUUGGAUUCAGGGUCAUUGCGGUGGAUCCCAACUUUAGAAAGCUUGAUGCUGAACUAUUGGUCUCAGCUUAUACAAAUGCUAAGAGUAGGGCUAUCUUGUUGGAUUAUGAUGGAACAUUAGUGUCGCAAACAUCCAUUAACAAAAAGCCUAAUCAAGAAGUUAUUAGGAUAGUCAAUACCCUUUGUGCAGAUAAGAACAAUAUUGUUUUUAUUGUUAGUGGAAGAGGCCGACAGAGUCUAGAUGCUUGGUUUUCACCAUGCGAGAAACUUGGAAUUGCAGCUGAACAUGGAUACUUCAUUAGGUGGACUCAGGAUGAAGAAUGGGAAACCCAUAACCAAACCACUGAUUUUGCAUGGAUGCAGAUUGCUGAACCAGUGAUGAAAUUGUAUACGGAGUCUACUGAUGGAUCUUCUAUUGAACCCAAAGAAAGUGCUUUAGUUUGGCACCAUAGGGAUGCUGAUCCUGGCUUUGGGUCUUCCCAGGCGAAGGAGAUGCUUGAUCAUUUAGAGAGUGUACUUGCAAAUGAACCAGUCACCGUGAAGAGUGGCAAGUUUAUCGUUGAAGUGAAACCUCAGGGAGUUAGCAAAGGCAUAGUAGCAGAUAAAACUCUGUCAUCAAUGUCUGCAAAGGGAAGACCAGCUGAUUUUGUGCUGUGUAUUGGUGAUGACAGGUCUGAUGAGGACAUGUUUGAAGGCAUUGCUGGCGUAGUAGCAAAGAACAUGGUAGCUUCAAAUAAGGCAAUAUUCGGUUGCACUGUUGGCCAAAAACCAAGCAAGGCACGGUAUUACUUGGACGACACAAAUGAUGUCUUAAACACACUUUCAGCACUUGCUGAUGCCUCUCUGCCUUUUGUUUCUGUUGAGGAGAUAACUGAACCACCCCCACCCACUCAAAUCUACAUUGAUAAUUCACAGUGAUAGUAUGUUCCUAAUUGCUCUUGAAUUGCUUUGGAAUUUACCAAAAUUUUCCUA